UUACCACGUAAAGUAACACCUGCAUUGACGUGUAAACCUCAAGAAAGGAAAAUGUCUUAAUUCGCAGCCUUUUCAGUUUUCUUGGGGUUUACUCUUUUGGUUUAGUUAGAGAGAAGGAAGAACGUCAUGGAAGAGAUUAGGCCAUCCUCAUCACCCUCACCGCCACCCCACACAGCAGUCGAUACCACCAUCAACACCACAACCCCUACUUCAACCGCCCAUAGAAAACAAGAAAAGUCGGAAAUAUCAAGCGUGAAGAAGGAGUGCUUAGCUUUUGCAGUUUCAUUGCAGGAGAGCUUUCAAUAUAUCAAAGCCAAAUUUGUUGGUCAGGCAAAGAAGAUAACAGCAAGAGAUGAGAAGGAAGCAACUGCAGCUGAUUUACAGGUUGCUAAGAUGGAGGUUGAAGCAGCUGAUCAAGCUGAAUAUAUCAAGAAAAAGCUUGACAAAUCUCUGUAAUUAAUAUCCAUAGUCCCAUACUCUAGAAUGGAUAAAAUUUAUGUUGUAAUUUCUACUUAAUAUAACGUGAAUGUAUAGUUUACUA